AUGACUGCGCCAACCCCUUUCAAGCGCACUGUGACGGGACUAGUUGAAACAUCUUCCUCUUCUACACGGGAUCAAAGUAACACACGGGGGCAUAGAAUGGCUGCUGGAAAUGGUCCUGAUGGAUGGACUCAGGCCUCGACGCCAGGCAGGCGAAAGGCACCCACGGCUGUUAUGGACGAUAUGUGGGAUGUACCGAGUUCGCCUGACGACCGUCCUGUCAAACCAAAGAUAAAAAUCAAGGUAAAGCGCUCAGUGGCUCAGUCAGAUUCCACAUCAGACUCUCAGCGCGCCAAAGAGUCAGGUAGAAUGGCAAAAACCCCCGACUCCAAAUCUGAGCGGCCAGGCGAUUCACCUUCAAGCAAGAGGAAGAGAAGGAAGGUUGACUAUCCAGAACCUUCCUUCCAAGGUUCUAAUGAUGUCGAUCUAAUAUCGAUGCCGUUUAAUCACGAUCAUGAGGGUGAAGAUCAUGGUCAAUCACCACCAACCCCCAGUAUGCUUCCACCAACGAUGCCAGUCAACGAAGACAUUUCUUUUUUUAUCGCCCCUAAUCCCUUGACUGAUACGCAGAGGAUGGAGUACGAAAGCAUGCAAUUACCGUCGAGUGACAGCCCGCCGCAGCUACCUUUUGUGCGGCAAUUCAAUAUCCAGAAUAUAGCUUCAAGCAGCGAAGCCACGAAUGUCAACACACCCAGGAGUAAUACAACUUAUCUCAUGAGUACUGCUCCUCCUCCUCCGGCUUCGCUGGAUCCGCCACGAACAACAAUUGGUCAAGCCACUGGCAACCGAUGGGAUUCAUCGCCUGACGUCAUAGCGGCUAUUGAUUCGCCUCCCCCCCAAAAGACAUCCAGGCUGCAAGAGCAAUCAACAAGAGAUGACGCACCUGAGCCCAUAGACAACGAAUUUGUGGAGUUGCACCAAGCUGAUCCUGAACAAACUGAACUGCCAAUCAUACGAGAAGCUACGACUGACAGCUACGAGUCUGAAAAAAUGGCCAAACCAACAAAGGCCAAGAAAUCAAGAGGAAGACCAAAGAAGAAAGCAGCAGCAGAACCAGAUAUAACUUUGGCAGAUUCACUACUAGCCCCACCAGAGGCCAUCGAGUCUGUAACAAAACCCAAAAAGAAGCGCGGCAGGCCACGGAAAUCCGAUGCUCAAGAGGAGAGUCUUGAACUUGACCAGUCAUUAUCAACCAACGAUGCUUCAUUAUCUGAGGAUGCUGUGCAACCAGAAAAGAGGGCCAAGAUAGAUAUCGAGGAGACUGAAACCAGAGAUGAACUCGCGGAAGAUGAUGAGGCCCAAGUUUCGCCCGAAAAUAAGGGCCCAGAGAGUCCUGCAUUGGAGAAACCCGAACCUAAUCUUUCCACGCGGUCCGUAUCCAGUAUUGACGAUGGAAUGGCGUCCAAAAAUUCAGAUACUCCUCGCACAGCAAAGCAGAAGGAAAACCCAACAAUCAGCAGCAGAAGCUCAACACCUUCAAAGGGAUUGUCGUCAAUCAUCAACAAGCCUGUUUACCGUGUUGGGUUGAGUAAAAAGUCGAGGAUUGCGCCUUUGUUGAAGUGUUUGCGUAAGGAGUGA